GUUGCGGCGCGGCCGAUGACGUCACCGUCCGGGGGAGCAUGGCGCCUGGCGGCGGGCGGUAGGGACGCUGCGGCCGUGGUGGUGAAAUGACCAGAGAGGCGAAGCGCCGGAGGAAUUCCCGUCACUUCAAGACGGGCUGGGGCAGCGUUAAGGAAGGAAAAGGUUUUGCUUUCCAGCAGAAGGAGAAGGUUAAACGUCAGUACAAGAAAUUACUGAGAAAAGACAAGAGAGUGCAGCAUCCUCAAGAAGUAGAGUAUACAGAGAAUUACCCAGAUCAUUUGCGCCAUCUCUAUCUGGCUGAAGAAGAGAUUCUUAAGAAACUAUCAAAGAAAGCCAAACAUGAGGAAUCUGUAACAAACCAACUAGAUUCUCAAGCAGAGACACCAAAAAAGAAGAAGAAAAAGUCAUCCUAUCAAAAAACCAAAGAGGAAUAUGAAAAAAGGCAAGCAGAAUAUAAAAAGAAGAAAGAAGCAGCAGAAAAAAGACAAAAAGAAAAGGAAGAGGCACAGAUGAAAUACAAAGAACAAAAACUGGAGAAGUAUAGAAUGCUCUGUAAGAAAACAAGAACAGGGCAACCAAACCUGAACCUGCAGAUGGAAUACUUGCUUAAAAAAAUCCAAGAUAGGACAUGAAAUAAGAUCACCUAUUUCUGACUUUGACAGUGACACCACUUGUUUGCUAAUGGAUCUCAUUACCCAUUUAAAGUAUUCUGAUUUAAUUGCCAUUGGUCCCUGAAGAUGAGCAUUUUACAAUUUUUCAUACAGAUUUGAUCUCAAAUACUGUCAGCAAAAUUGCUCAUUUGUAAGCAUCUGUAGGCAUGCAAAUCCAGCGUGGAGAAGACAAAAAUUCAGCUGGAAAAUUACCUUGGUCCUUCUAUGAUCUUAGGAAAAUAAUUCUACUCUGCUUAUUAAAUUAAUCUUGAACUCUGAAAAAUGCAAAAUGGGACAUUAUAUUUGUAACUCUUAUACUGUUCACUUGGAUCAUUUGGGUUAAAUAAUAUUUUUUCUAGACCAACGAUGUCUUUCUCAGUAUCAUAUGGAUAACUUUUUUGAUUUUGUUAUUAAAAAGAGACAUGGAUCAGGUGACAUUUCUUAGUUAACUGAUAUUAAUGUAUUGGAGGAAAUAUCAAUAAGCAUGCCAACAGCAAUGCUAGUUGUACCUAAAAAUUAGAUACCAAAUUAGUGAAUCUAUAACAUAGGAUUGCAUGCAUGCUAAAUCGUGGAAGUAGUGAGUUGCAGAUGGAGCUAAUUGAUCCCACAACAAACACAUUAGAUCAAAGCUCUACAGUUCUGAUACCCAUUGUUGUAAAUGGUGAUGGAGAGUGAAAUGGCUGAGGAAAGAAGAAAACUCAUGUUCUCAUUCUCAAUGAUGGUGUAGUCAAGCAUGUGCAAAAGGCUGAAACAUUUGUAGGCAGUCUUCAGCCAAUUUGGUUAAUUCCCCCAUGAUAUCAAGAAUCCACCCGUGCUUCUGAAGACCUGAGCUCCAGAUUAGCCAUGCCUCCAGGCAAGUUAUUUCCAAUGCAGCCACAAAUUCAGUGUGGCUUGACACUGUCCCAUCAGCCAACUCUUCAUCACAAGCAAAAUGUUGUUAACAGUUAGCAAGCAGAACUUAACAACGUCUUAUUGUUUAAUUUGAGUUCUGCAGUGAGUAUAAUUUCAAAAUUCAUUGCAGUCUUGGUCCAAAUGUAGAUAGAGAUGAGGUUAGAUUAACUCCACUUGUAUCAGGGCAUCAUUUGAAUGAGGGUAGUAUUAAAAAGCUGUAGUGAAAAUAGUCAAUAAGAAUUUGGGGAGGAAAAUUCUGCUGUUAUUUCUAGCGUAAAGGAAUGUGGUGAUGGUUGUUGGAGGUCAAUCAUCUCGUGAAUGUCCUACAGGGACUCCAUAGAGCAAUAUCCUAGUCCAAAUCACCUUCAGCUGCUUCAUCAACAACUUCCCUUUAAUGAUGAGGACAAAAGUGAGAUGUUGCUAAUAAGUACAUAGUAUUCAGUUCUAUUCACCACUACUCCAUCUGCAUCCAUAAGGACCUGCCUUAACUCAUUGGCAGAAACUUAACUGGACCAGCUACAAAAAACAGGAUUGGAAGAGCACUUUGGAGAUUUCUGUGCCAGGUGACUCGCCUACUGAUUUCCCCAAAGGCUCUUCUUCGUCGACAAGGCCCAAGUCACCAGUGUGAAUAUUUUCUGCCUGCCUGGAUGAGUGCAACCUUGUCCUAUACAGGACAGAUUAGGCUGCUUGAUGGCAGUCCAUCUGCCAUUGUAAACACACUUAUUCCACUACGAGUACACAUCAUGUGUGCAGCAUUUACCAAUUACAUGAUGACUGCACUUGCCGAGGGUUCUUCAGUGUUUCCCAAACUCUGAUCACUGCUGCCCCAAAGGAUAAGGUGUAGAAAGCAUACAAACUUUUAAGUUGCUUUCUAUCUCAUACAUGAUGCAUGGAAAUAUAUCACUGGUCCUUCAUUGUCACUGUGAAAAGAUCUUGGAAUGUCCUGCCUAAGAGCUGUAGACUGUAGUGGUUCAAAAGUUGGCUUACCAUUGUCUUUUCAAGGGUAUUUGGAGAUGGCAAUAUCUAAUGCAGUGUGCAUAGGAUAAAACCUCAUCCAGUGAAUGAUUUUUUUUGUUAAAGAGUCUUCUAUUUGUGUAAUGAUUUUCAUUGGAGAACUGAUCACCCUGUAUUUGCACAUAAAGUUUAUGAAUCCAUUGAAAAUUAAUUUCCACCCUGGGGAAAAAGUCUUAACUGCCCUAUCUAUGCCUCUCAUAAUUUUAUAUAGUUCUAUUUGGUCGCCCCUCAGUCUCUGAUACUCUGGCGAAAACAAUCCAAGUAUGUCCAACCUCUCCCUGAUACUUGUACUCUCUGAUCCUGGCAAUAUCCUCUCAGACCUCUUCUGCACCUUUUGCAAUGCAACCACAUCCUUCCUAUAAUGCAACGACCAGAACAGCACCCAAUAAUCCAAAUGUGGUCUAACCAAAAUUUUAUACAGAUGCAAUGUGACUUCCCAACUUUUAUACUCAAAGCCCCGAAUUAAUUUUGCUUGGAACUGUUAAAGGCAAAAGACCUCCAUCUGAUUAGGUUGGAUUUCAAUUCAGAAAGGGCCGUGUGGUAACAAGUAAAACUUAAGGAUACCACCUAUCCAGUUUUCUGGUUAACGUGGGGACUUUCUCUUUGCACCAGACUCCUUUACAGGUUCAGAUUUUGUCCAUCCCUAUCACACCAUUUUUAACAACAGCUACAGCUAAAGUCUUGUUUGGCAAGCCAUGCUCUUUGGAAUUAAAAGUUUUUAUUCUUGGGACUAGACAUCAUUCUAAGCUAAAAGUUAACAUAAUUUUUUUUGUUAACUUACCAAAUUUAUUGGUAUGCCCUUUUGACAGUUUAGUUUCCUGUACCUAUUUUGCCUGAACAAGAAUGCUAGUUAUUACCUCUUUGUGCUGUGAAGCUGCACACAUUGGGGAAACAGGCUGAAACUUGCAAAAUUAAUUUUGCUUUGGACGAGUUUACAGACCAACAAAUUAAAUCAAUGAAUGUUGAAUUGGGUAUUACCCACAAUUUUCCUAUACAAUUAAUUGUUUGUAUUGUCAGCAAUUUACCCAGAGAGUUUUUUAAACUUUAAAGCUUCAGCUAACACAGUGAAAUCCAAUGCUUGCAGACCAGAAAUCCUUUGUCUCUUCUCUCAAGUGCUAUGAUAUAGUCAUUCCUAAUAUAUUUUUGAACCUUGGCUUUUAUUUUAAAUAAUAUUUAAAAUUAAUUAUGGACACUACAAUUUUAUGAUGAAUCCUCAAGUUCAAACACUGUCAUUCAGCAAAGCUGGUGGAAUUUGGAUAAUCAGUUAAAAUAUAUUCUGUUUCCUUGUCAGGUAGCAAACCCAGGUAUUUAGGGUUAUUACCAACAUGAUGUAUUUGGUGUGCAGAAACGCAGGUAGCCAAGAAUGGGUUGUGGUGAAAAGUUAUAUUCUUCAGCAACGAACAGUGUUUAAUAUUGCCUGGAUGAUAAAUGCCUUGAUUCCUGUCAUUUUGGAAGGAAAAAUGUAAGUGCAGCUUAGAAAUUGAAGGAAAAGAUUUGUGAUAUCAGAGCACCUUUCAUGACCUCAACAUAUUCCAAAAGGCUUUAGAAAGUAUUAAGUAGGGAAACAUACCCGAGAAUGAAUUUAUGCAAGCAAGAGCACAAAACAGCAAUAAAAUUAAUAACAAGAUAUUCUGUUAAGUGAUAUUGUUUAAGUGUUAACUUUGCCUGGAGCACUACUGCUCCUGAAAAUGUCCCAUCACGUCUUUUAUAUCCACCAUAGACUUAGCCAGCUUUAUGCACCAUAGCAGAAAGGCAGCAGUUCUGAGAGAAGGUCACUGUACUCUAAUCAAAUUUUUGGAGCAAUCUUUAAGUAAGAACCUCCUGAUUUAGGAAGCAAGAGUGCUGCUGUUGUCCCAAGCCUGACAGUUUUCACUUCCUGACAUGCAGUUUUUAUAUUUUAUUUUGCAGCUGUUCUGCUGAUCAAUUAAGCAUGUACAGAUUCUUCCACAGAAACUAGAUUUCAUCUCUUUUGGUGUGCUGAAACAAUGAUGCUUGUAAUGCUAGUGCCAAAUUGGAUCACUUAUAAAGACAAGUCAAUUGACUGCAACAAAGAGUGCAGCUGCAGUAGAGUCAGAGAGUAAUACAGCAUGGAAACAGGCCCUUUGGCCCAACUCAUCCAUGCCAACCAAGGUGCCCGCCAAGCUAGUCCCAUUUGCCCACAUUUGGCCCAUAUCCUUCUAUGUAUUUGUACUUCAUAUCCAUGUACUUAUCCAAAUGUCUUUUGAAUGUUGUUAUCGUAUUUGCCUCAACCACUUUCUCUGGCAGCUCAUUCCAUAUACACACCACCCUCUGCAUGAAGAAGUUGUCCCUUAGGUCCCUUAUAAAUUUUUCACCUAUCAAAGUGGUAGGUUCUCCACUCAAAAAGAUGUGUUAGAUCAUAAUUUGCCCAUGUCCAGGUGACAGCACUCCCUAUAUAUCAAAGGUGCUGUCACUUUGUUACCAGUAGUCAGUGAAGGGUGAUCCCGUAAAGGUAUGUUUCCCUCGGUCGCCAGAGAGCAGCAGCACACAUUAUGGCUACCAUGGAGAGAGAGGGGCUGGUGAGGGCAUUGAGAGCAUACAGAGGAUCUCUGAAAGAGACAUUGAAGAGAUGUUGAAUGAGAUGGGUGCCAGGAGGUUGGACCCACAUACAAAACAUCAUGACAUCAUACAUAUGUCAAAAUGACCAGCUUUUUCAUACUAACACAUCCCUGACACAUACUCUCACACAUCCAUCUCAUCUUUAUAAAUGUCCCAUACCUCCUCGUGUACCCACAAACUCCUCCCACCCCUGUCCCUGUAGUCGACAGUCGAUCUCCACAGCCCUUCAUGCAUAGAUUUAACCAAUAUGUAUAUUUUUUAAAGAUGAUUUGCUUCAUAUCCUGCAGUGAGGCAGAGAUUGACAAGAAUUGGAGAAAUGCCAUCCAGACAGGUGUGUCCUCUCAUGUGCAGCAUCUCAUCUAACUGGAGGAGAGGGUGCCAUGAGUUUUGGAGCUGCCUUCUGAAAUGUUUCAUUGUGAGUGGAAAGAUACUUUGAAUGGCAUGCUUAUAUUGAACUCAAUGGGCUGUUUAUUUUGAAACUGUCAAAUAACAGUCAUUUUUAGACCUGGGAACUCCAACUUAUGUCAGGAAGGCUUCAAAGGUAAUUUGCAUAGCAGUUGGCAAUGUCUCAUGCUGGUGAAAUGUUGAACACAGUAGCAUGGACCCUGGCUGGAAGUGCUCUGUUCAACUUUACAAUUGCCAUCCUUUCACCCAGAGAUGGCCAUUGGUAUGAUUUACUUCAGAUUACAUUGAUUUUGAAUUACACAUCCAAGGGGAAAAGAAUCAGUGCUACAUAAUCCAAUUUCUGAGCAAUUAUGUUAUCUUUAGAUCUUUAACUAAGGAAAUAAUGAAAAGUUAGUUUAUUAGUGGCAAUUAAAUCUGCUAAAUUUGGCUAUUCAGUUCUCAUAUGUUGAUAUAGGCCAGUGCUUCAAUGCAUUGCUGAGGGAAAAUACUGUAGUGCCAUCUUUCAUGUAAAAUGAAGUUAGGUGUGUAGGAAAGAUCCCAUGACAUUACACAAAGAUGAAGUUUUUGUGUGGCCAGCAUUUGUCUCCAUAAAAGUUAGAAUGGCCAUUUAUCUGUGCAAUUUGUGAGAUAUUUUGUGCAGCUGCCUGUUGUGAUUGACUGUAAAGCAGUUUGUACAGAACAUUAUUCAGCUGUUCUCAAGCAUCUUGAUAAGUCAUGAAGAAAUGUGAAUCACUUUUUAAAUACAACUCCUUUGGUUAGAUGUAAAAUGAACUCCAGUCCUGGAAACUGGGAAUUCCAAAGCAUGUCUCCAAAUCAUAAGAUAUUAAUUUCAGAAGUUAUUUAGUCCCAUCAGAUAAUAGAUUGCAUGCAUGAUAUGCAAACACUGAAUUAACAUAGAUUUGGAAAUCAAUGUGCAAAUUGCUCUGCACCUGGAAAAUGUGGAGGCACAGCUGUUCCUAUCAGUAAAAUCGAAUAAACAGUGAAUAAAAAUGACUCCACUGAUUCCCUCUAAUUCCUCUAUCGAUUUCUUUAAAUCUGUGCCCUUUGUUAUUGAUAUUGCUCAUGGAAAUAGUUAUUUCUUGUACUGAUCUCUUUCAAGGGA